AUGACUGAGUCUUCUUUCUUCGAUAAGAUUUCGGCCUACAUGGCUGAGAACAAAAGACAAGCGGCUCUCGAAGCCGAGAUAACAAACAUGGCUAACAAAGCCACAUAUAGUGAAAUCUGUGAUACAGGACCAGGGGAGUUCUUUAAACCAAAACCCCCUGACGAACAAGCACCUGUGGGACCAGUAGAACAGAGGUUGGACACCAUAUACGACGAAGAGCCUCUGGGAUUUGAAAAAGAUCCAGUAACGUCAAGUGCAAAGAUGUUAGCGCAAGAUCCUCUCGAAGAGAUUGAUCUCGGAGAUGGGAGUGCAAAAAGAAUUACCUACAUCAGCGCUAAACUGGACCCCAAGUUGAAAGUGAAAGUUAUUGAAUUACUAAGGAAGAACAAAGAUUGCUUCGCUUGGGAUUACGACGAGAUGCCUGGUUUGAAGAGGGACCUGGUCGAAUUAAAGCUGCCUAUAAAGGAUGGCAAGAAGCCCAUCAAGCAGACUCCAAGAAGAUUCGCACCAGAAAUCCUCACAAAGAUUAAAAAAGAGGUCAAAAUACUUCUUCGUUGCAACUUCAUUAGGACCACAAGGUAUGUCGAUUGGAUUGCUAAUAUUGUCCCUGUUAUCAAGAAAAAUGGCUCUUUGCGAGUAUGCAUAGAUUUUCGUUAUCUAAACGCAACAACCCCUAAGGAUGAGUACCCAAUGCAUGCGGCAGAGGUGUUGGUUGACUCAGCCGCAGGCUAUGAGUAUCUCAGCAUGCUUGAUGGAUAUUCUGGCUAUAACCAGAUUUUCAUCGCAGAAGAAGAUGUUUCUAAAACAGCUUUUCGAUGUCCAGGGGCAAUAGGCACUUACGAGUGGAUAGUUAUGCCUUUUGGCCUAAAAAACGUUGGGGCAACAUACCAGCGAGCAAUGAAUUCUAUAUUUCAUAAUUAUAUAGAGACAUUCAUGCAAGUAUACAUAGAUGACAUUGUGAUAAAAUCUACGUCAGAUGAAGAUCAUAUAUCCCAUCUCAGCCAAUCAUUCGAAAGAAUGAGAAAACAUGGCUUAAAAAUGAACCCUCUUAAGUGUGCAUUAUUUGUGCAGGCUGGAGAUUUUCUGGGCUUUGUGGUCCACAAAAAGGGGAUAGAGAUCAAUCAGAACAAGACGAAGGCGAUUAUGGAGACCAAAGCACCAUCAACCAAAAAGGAACUGCAAUCAUUAUUAGGAAAGAUAAACUUCCUAAGAAGAUUCAUCUCGAAUUUAAGUGGUCGAACUCAGGCCUUCUCUCCCCUUCUGCGCCUGAAACAAGGCAAGUUCGAAUGGAAUGACGAACACCAAAUGGCAUUCGACAAGAUCAAACAUUAUCUGACGAAUCCUCCUAUCUUGGCACCACCAUGUGGAAAGAAGCCUAUGAGACUGUAUAUAUCAGCUUCCGACACUAUCAUAGGUAGCAUGUUGGCGCAAGAGAAUGAAGAUGGCAUCGAAAGAGCCAUUUAUUACCUUAGUAGGGUUUUAAAUGAUGCAAAAACUAGAUACACUUCAAUAGAAAAGUUGUGUCUUUGUUUGCAUUUCUCUUGUACUAAACUCAAGUAUUAUAUAAAACCUAUUGAUUUAUACGUCUCUUCUCAUUUUGAUGUCAUCAAGUAUAUGUUAUCUAAGCCAAUAAUGUACAGUCGAAUAGGCAAAUGGGCUUUAGCGCUCACUGAAUACUCUCUAACCUUUAUGCCUUUAAAGGCAAUGAAGGGACAAAUAGUAUCAGAUUUUAUUAUAGACCAUGCACUGGUCGAAAAUCCUCAAUUUCAAGUUGACUUGAAACCUUGGAAAUUGUUCUUCGACGGUUCCACUCAUAAGAAUGGAAGUGGGGUUGGGAUGAUGUUAAUUUCUCCUGACAGAAUUCCAACAAAACUCAAAUAUAGAAUUGAAGGUCCCCUUUGUUCCAACAACGAAGCAGAAUACAAAGCUCUUAUUGCAGGACUUGAGGCUUUGUUGGAAUUGGGGGCAACUAGGGUCGAAAUUAAAGGAGAUUCAGAAUUAGUAAUCAAGCAACUGACGAAGGAGUACAAAUGUAUAAAAGAAAAUUUGAUUAUGUACUUCGUCAUUGCAAAUAGGUUACUCAAAAAAUUCGAAUACGUCGACAUAAAACAUGUCCCUAUAAUAAAAAACCAAGAGGCUAAUGACUUAGCACAAAUAGCCUCAGGGUAUAGAAUUUCAAAAGAAAAGCUGGAAGAACUUGUCGAAGUAAGAGGAAAGGCAAUGGCUGCCAGAUUAUCCCCGACGGAUUUGGAAAGCGCCCAAUUAGGAUAUGCUAACAAAGAGGAGUUUGAAGUAUUGGCCAUUGAUACCUUGAUAGAUACGGACAGGAGGAAUCCAAUUAUUAAUUAUCUCAAGGAUCCUUCGACAGACACAGAAAGAAAAACCAAGUACAGGGCUUUAUCUUAUGUAUUGAUAGGGAAUGGAUUAUUCAAGAAAACCCCUGAAGGGAUCCUGUUGAAAUGCUUAGGAGAAAGCGAAGCUUACUUGGCAUUAUCUAGUGUAUAUAGUGGAGCUUGUGGAGCAUAUCAGGCAGGCCAUAAGAUGAAAUGGUUGCUUUUCAGAUAUGGAAUGUAUUGGCCCACCAUGUUAAAAGAUUGUAUAGAGUUUGCUAAGGGUUGCCAUGAAUGUCAAACACAUGCAGGAAUUCAACAUGCUCCUGCAAGUGAACUUCAUACAAUUAUUAAGCCUUGGCCCUUCAGAGGUUGGGCAUUAGAUCUAAUUGGGGAAAUUAUACCCCAUUCAUCCAAAGGUCAAAGAUACAUACUUGUAGGAAUUGACUAUUUCACUAAAUGGGUCGAAGUAGUACCUUUAGUAAAUGUGGAUCAAGAAACUGUUAUCGAAUUCAUUCAAAGGCAAAUUUUAUACAGAUUUGGAAUCCUAGAAACCAAUGGGCAAGUUGAAGCCACUAACACUACGCCUUUCCAGCUUACAUUUGGACAUGAUGCAGUACUACCUGUCGAAGUCUACUUACAAUCAGUAAGAAUCCAAAGACAAGGAGAAAUCCCAUCUGACUUAUAUUGGGAAAUGCUGAUAAAUGAGCUGGUGGAUUUGGACGAAGAAAGGUUACAUGCGUUAGAAGUAUUAAGAAGACAGAAGGAGAGGGUAGCAAGGGCAUACAAUAAGAGGGUCAAAGGUAAAAUCUUUACUAUGAAUGAUUUAGUAUGGAAAGUCAUAUUGCCUAUGGAUCGAAAGAAUAAGGCAUUAGGAAAAUGGUCUCCACACUGGGAAUGA